AUGUCAUACUAUAAAUACCUUUUCAAGUACAUCAUUAUUGGUGAUACAGGAGUUGGGAAAAGUUGUCUCCUGUUAAGGUUUACAGAUAAACGCUUUAAACCUGACCAUGAUUUAACAAUUGGUGUUGAAUUUGGAACUAGAUUUAUUACAGUACAAGGAGAACAAAUUAAGCUACAAAUUUGGGAUACGGCUGGUCAGGAGUCAUUUCGCUCAAUUACUAGAUCAUACUACAGAGGAGCGGCGGGAGCAUUGCUUGUAUUCGAUAUUUCUAGGAGAUCAACUUUUGAACAUCUUACCAAAUGGCUUGAGGAAGUCAGAGAUCAUGGAUCUCCUACCAUGUCCAUCAUACUAAUCGGAAAUAAAACUGAUGUGGCAUCCAGAGAAGUUGAGUAUCAUGAAGGCAAGCAAUUUGCUGACCAAAAUGAUCUUAUUUACAUGGAAACCUCAGCUAAAGGAGAUUACAACGUGGAGGCUGCGUUUCUAACCACGGCUGAGUUAAUAUACGAAAACGUCAAAAAUGGCCUUUUUGACAUUGAAUCAGGGGUACAAGGCGUAAAGAGAGGACCCAUGGGAGUCUCAAGUAGAAGUAUGUUCAUUCUAAUUAUCAAAAUACAGUUAUUAAGAUAUUGGUAA